CAGAUCGUCCCAAGGCCCCACGAUACCAGACACACCGAGCAUGGAGGUCGACACACCUGAGCAGCGGCCGCAGGACACACCCGCCGCACAGACCCCUCCUGCCCAGCCCGAGAGCCAGCCGGCCCAUGCGGGAGGCAAUCCGUCAGCGACUUUGGCUGGCGCGGCGAUUGUCGAGGAGGAGCUCGACACCUAUCUGAACCCUGUCAGCCGAGAAACCGACGGAGUCAUUCUGCAUGACAACGAUAUCUGCUAUACCGUCACGCCCGUGGUCUCGGCUGGCCACCCUUGCAGUGUGUACUGCGUUGCAGCGACGAGAAACAUGCGAUGGGUCUACACUGGGGGCGAUGACGGCUUCAUCCGCAAAUUUGAUUUCGUACCUUCCAUGAACGGUGACUAUCCUCUGCCGCUGAACCAGCGCCACGGACUUGCCGAUUCGAUCAUCCGGGGAGGGCUGCUGAUCUCAGCAUGGGAAAACGAGGAAACGCUGCCGCGACCGAACGCCGCCGAUUCGGCACCGACAGAGAACCGCAUCUCACCAGUAUACAGCAUCGACGUUCAUUCGGAAGGAGCAUGGGUCGUUACCGGAUGUGAGUCCGGAGCCAUCAACAUGUGGACUGGACGACAUGACGAAGGGACGUGCUUCCACACUCUUCAGCACCACAAAAACUCGGUAUCAGUCCUCAAAAUCACGCCAGAUGAAACGGGACUGUUCAGUGGCUCGUGGGACAAGAGUGUGCUGCGCUGGGAUCUCAACGUUGGUAGGGUUGUUCGAGAGUUCUCCGGAGCAUCCUCCCAGAUUACGUCGAUAUCCCUGCGGCCAACUCCCAACACGGGCACGGGCCUGCCCAGCCGAAGCACCGAGAGCAUUCUCAUGUGCACGUCGUUUGACGGCUGCAUCGGCAUAUUCGACGAGCGGGUUCCAGGACGGCCGCAGAUCCGAAAGAUCCUGCCUCAAGGGUCGCCGCCAUGGGCGCUGUCGGCUUGCUGGAGUAACGAUGGAAAGCGGAUCUACUGCGGGAGGAGAAACGGCACCGUGGAUGAGUACGACUUUGCCGAGGGCAAGAUUUUGCGAACCCUUCGCCUGCCGCGGGACUCUGGAGCCGUAAGCCAGGUGAAUAUUAUGCCAAACGAUCGGCACUUGCUUUGUGCCUCAUACGACAACAUCCGUCUUUGGGAUCUGCAAGCAUCAGAGUCCAAGCCAACAGCAGCCGACUCGUCGGUUCCAUCCACCCCGAAUGCCGCCAAUCCGGUGACGCAGAGCAACCGGAGGCUCGACAUUGGCGAUAGCGCGUGUCCCUUCACGAUCGUGCCAGGGCAUCAUGGCGGGGUGCUUUCGAGUCUGUAUAUCGACGCCUCUAGAAAGUAUCUGAUCAGCGCAUCCGGCGCGCGAGGAUGGGACGGCGUCUCAACCAAUAUGUGUUUGUUCUACGAUGUGAAGCCGCAGCGACAGUGAGGCUACGCCCGAGUCCGGGCUGCAUGGUUCCUGCGAGCCAUCGGCAAGCGCCAUUGCCAAGCGCCAUGAGCAUGCCGGCGGUUUCCUGCCAGAGUGCUGCGAGUCCCACCCCGACCGCCAGGGCGAGCAGGGCGAG